AUGGUCCACACGACGGAGCGUAAUCAAGCUCCAGCCAAGGGUCGGAUCAAGAAGUUGACCGCCGAGAAGCUCGAGCACUUUCGCAGUGAGAUUAUCACGCCUAAUGGACUGCAAGUCGAUCUCUCGGGACGUGGCAUUGAGACGAUUGUGAGCUUAGAGGGUCUCGAGACGGCGACGAAGCUCGAUUUGAGCCACAAUAAGCUCACAAAGCUGUCGCAGCUCAAGGCUGUUGCGCAGGUGACGAUGCUCAAGCUCACUGACAACAAGCUGACGGGCGAUGGUCUUGCAGAGAUCCAGCACCUCAAGAAGCUCGUGAUUCUCAAUGCAGCCGACAACAACGUGACGCGUAUCCCGUUUGAGGUGCUGCGCAACGUGCGCACGCUCAAGGCGCUAGUGCUGAACAACAACUCCAUCUCGACGCUGGACUGGAUACCGAAGCUGCCGGAGCUGAAUUCACUCAUCGUGAGCAACAACCGCAUUGCGCAGAUACCUCAACGCGUGCUGGGCGGACUCCCGAAUCUCAAGAAAAUCUCAAUCUCUCACAAUUUGCUAGAGGAGAUUCCGAACUUAAGUCAUUUGUCACAGAUCACGGAGCUGCGCCUUUCGCACAAUCGGAUCAAGACGGUCCCGGCUCAUUUGGCGCAACUGAAAAAUCUGAAGGUGCUGGAACUGAGCCACAACGAAAUUGACGACUGGUCGGGUUUGGAGGCACUGAGCGCUCUCGACAACUUGCGGCAGCUGAAUUUGAUCGGCAACCCGAUCGUGGGAAAGAAGCUGCCGACCGUCGCUGGUGAUGUCAAGAAAAGUGGUGAUGCUUGCAAUAGCGAUAGCGACAAUGGUGAUAGGCCUGGUGACAGCAACAAUCAAAGCGGACGCGACAGCGACAGCAGAGAGAAGAAGAAAAACGAGACUGAAGCUGAUAAAGCUGAUGCAUCUGACGAUGAGAAGCAAAGGACGAAGGAAGACAGGCGUCUUGAUGCGAAGCAUAAGCAGUACAAUUUUAAGAUGAAGAGGUUGUUCCCCAACUUGGUUGUACGCGACGCUACCCGCGUGCAGGACAAGCGCGUGCACGGAUAUGUCGCGCCGCCGAAGGAGGAAAAGACAACACAAGACAAACACAAGAAGGGGCCUGCUGGCAAGCAUGCGAAUACAACGUGUACGGGAAAGCGGAAACGCGGCGAGGCUUCUACGAAUGUCAAGACUGAAGCAAAAGCAUUUCAGACAACAGCAUGCGUGGACAGCAACAAGAGUGUCGAGAAUUCCAGCAAGAAGGAACGCAAAAAGGAGAAGAUGCGAAAGGAACGCAAAAGUGGGGAGCAGAAUGCCCGAGCAGUGGCCAAACCAAGUGCUGCUUUGCCCGAAUCUGACAAAGCUGUGAAGCACAAGAACACGAAGGCUGUCAAGUCCAAUGAUAUUGUACCCACGCACAUUGCACCGAGCGCAUCUGUAUCCAAUGUCAAGGAACAGAUGGAAACAAAGGCUGUGAAGGAAAAAAAGCAGAAGACGAAGAAGAAGAAGGAGCAAGACAAGAAGAAAGACCAGCGGCAGCCCAAGGAGAUCGCUAGCGGUGUGGUGGCCGCGAAGCAGUUCAAAAAGGCGAAGAAGGGCACAAGUCAGCAGGCCGAGCGUUUGGACCUCACGCAGAUGAACUUUGCGCCUAAUAUUGGCUCUGGCGGCUCCAGUGCAUGGGACUAA